GCCCACCUCGCCCACCUACCUGGUCAGCUGUCCACCCCACUAGAAGACUCCAAAGAUCCAUCCUGCGACCCGAAAAAGUGUCUCCGAAACAGGUACGGUCAAUCUUGGACCAAUCUUGGCACACCAGUUCUCUGGAAAGAGGCUAACCCGUGCCUCGUACCGAAUGGAUUGAAACAAAGGGUUAUGUGUCUUGUCUUGUCUUGUCUAUUACUCGAAGGGGGCUGCGAAUUGGGAAGCUGAAAAUCACAGCCCCUUUCUGUCCCUUUUUUUGCCCUUUUUUACAGGCAUUUUGGUCGUUCAAAAGCGCAGCGAAGAACUCGACUCGGCGCGUAAGAUCCGGCCCUGAAAUGAAUAGGCUAGCUUGAAUAAUGAACGCCUAUUAAAGAACCGAGGGACGACUAUCCGCUGCUGUUGCUACUGCUCCUGCUUCUACUGCGACUAAUACCGCUCGAACGAAUUCAAUUUCUAUAAUUACUUACUUUACAGUGUUUUGCGAUUAAGAUCAACGAUCAUUGGACUAUUGGAUUUGCGUGAAUAUUGGAAUUAGAAUCGGGAAGAAGAAAAGAGAAGAAACGAAAAGAAAAGAAAAAAUACAGACGAGCCAAUUGCGAACCGCGACCAAUCAUACGAAACGUACAUCCUGCGUGAACCGAUCUUACGAUGGGGCUCCGCGACCUGAUCAAGAAGAAGGACCACCUAGACGGCGGCGUCGAUCGCGAGACCCUCGACAGGCUUGCCGGGCCCGAGUUCACCUUCAUCCGCUCCGACACACAUACCCAGGAGAUCAUCCACCCACCUACAAAUAAGACAUACCUCUCCACCACCGCGGCCAGAGAUAAUAAUAGUAAUAAUGCGAGCGGAGGAGGAAGCGGGUCGCGGACGCGCCGAAGUCUCGACGUGUUCAGACCCCGUUCGCGAGGCUCUAGUACUUCGUCCGUUCUGAGCGAUGGUCAAAACCAGCAGCAGCAGUUAUCCACUCCCGCGCCUAUGUCCACCCACCGCCGCCUCUCCCAGCGCCUGCACCUUUCCAAGGCCCCGUCUACGUCCGAGUUCGUGCCCGAGAACCUGCCGCAGAUCAACGUGUACGCGGCGGACGGGAAGACGACGGGGGGUGGGAAGGGAGGGGUAGGUUUAGGACCCGGGGGAGUAAGAGCUGUUGGAGGAGGGGUGGGAGGGGCGGCGGUGGAUAAAGACGCGAACGAGAGCCAGUGGGAGAAGAGAGCGACGAUACUGGCGGAGGCGAACGAGAGGGGCCAGCGCCGGAGCAGAUCACCUAGCGUGAACGUCUCGCCGUCGCCGUCGUCGCGUAAUUCGCCGUACCCUUCCUCGGCGGACUUGGCCGGAUUGAGACUGUACGAUGAUGACGUCGUCGGAAACGGAGGCGGAAACGGAAACGGAGGGAAUGGGAGAUCGGACGGAGUUGUCUCGUCCAAGGUGAUCGACGAACAGAUCCAGGAGGCUAUCCGAUUGCACGAGGGCGGCCAGCUCGACCAGUCUACGCGCCUGUUCGGUCGUCUGGCUGAUCCCCAGGGGGCGAAUAAUCCCCUGAGCCAGGUCCUUUACGGGCUUGCUUUGAGGCACGGCUGGGGUUGCGAACCAGAUCCCGAGAGAGCUGUCACAUACCUCUCGGCGGCGGCGUCGAACGCGGCAGCGGUAGAGAGCAUGGCGCUACAGGCGGGCCUCAAGAAAGGCGGCGCCGCCAAGGGCGAGCUCGUCCUGGCCAUCUUCGAAUUGGCGAAUUGCUUCCGCCACGGUUGGGGCAUCCCCCGAGAUCCAGUCGCCGCCAAGCAGUAUUACGAAACGGCCGCAAACCUUGGAGAUACCGAUGCCAUGAACGAGGUCGGAUGGUGCUAUCUUGAGGGCUUCGGGUGCAAGAAAGACAAGUACGCUGCUGCGAGGUACUACCGGCUGGCGGAGGAGAAUGGCAACAAGACCCUGGGAAAUACAUGGAUUUGGAAGGACAAGUAUAAUCCUACGAACUCCAAGAACUCCAAGAAAUAAGCUGCAUCCCGCGCGAGAUCGGGGUUGCUUGCUUAUAGGGUAAGAGAGUAUAUUGGGAUAGGUGCAAAAAAAGAUGGCCAUUUGUCAAUUGAGGGCUUGGUUUGGGUCAUGCGGUGCUCCGGCCUUUCUAGGUACUUUACUUCGAUUAUUACGGCAUCUUAGGUAGCACAGCGCAAUUGAUACGGGGUCUUUGACUACCUAUGCACAGCUUGUAGCACCGGUGUGUGUAUGUGAUAUAUUUCUUGGUAUGUUG